AAUAAUAAAGCGUUUUAUUUUGAAGAUGUAUAAGGGAAGUGUUUGAUCCGGGAUCUCUUCUUGAUCCUGAUUGGCCCUCGCUGUCCUCCUGAGACCAGCAGGGACCAAUCAGCGGCUCCAGCUGCAGACAGAUGCGCUCCUCUCUCCUCCGGCUCAAGAUGAGGCUGCGGCCGGUUCUCCUCACGCUGACUCUCACGGUGUCUCUCGCUUAUUACGUUUACAUCCCGCUGCCCGACUCCAUCCGGGAGCCGUGGAGGCUGAUGCUGGUGGCCGCCGCCUUCAGGACAUCCAUGCAUCUGGCGUCUCUGAGGGAUUGGCUGGGCUGCGACGGUUAUCUCAAGUCUGUCAGGUGGCCCCCGGAGAGCUUCGAUGGCCCGGGCAAGGUGGGGGACAGCUCCGAGUCCGGUGGAGGGGUCGUGCCCGGAGUGAAGGUCAGCGACAUCACCUUCGCGGGCAUCCCGGUCAGAGUGUACGAGCCCCCGGCCGGAGGGGAGGGCCACCUGAGGAGAGGGCUGAUGUAUUUCUAUGGAGGAGACUGGGCCCUUGGCGGCACAGAGAGGCGUUCAAGCGAUGCCCUCAGCCGCACGGUGUCGGACGAGCUCAACACUGUCGUGGUCUCUGUUGUGUAUCGUCUUCAUCCGGAGGUGCACUUUCCCGUUCCGUAUUUAGACUGCCUCGCUGCUGCCAAACACUUCCUGUCCCCAGAGCUUCUGGCCAAGUACGCAAUCGACCCCGAGCGCGUGGCCGUGUCAGGGGCCAGUACCGGAGGAAAUCUGGCUGCUGCCAUCGCUCAGGAGAUUUCCAAUGACGACACUGUGAGUGUGAAGUUCAGCAUCCAGGCUUUAAUCUACCCGGCGCUGCAAACCCUGGACUUCAACACACCUUCCUACGUGCAGAACCAGGGCAUACCCGUCCUCUACCGCCCCCUCAUGGUUCGGUUCUGGCUGCGGUACCUCGGCGCCGACCUCUCCCUGCAGCCCCAGUUGCUGGUGAACAACCACAGCUCCUCACACCACUCGGCCGUCAGCCCAGAGCUGAGGGCGCGAACGGACUGGACCGUGCUCCUGCCCCCGAAACACAAGAGGAACCACCGGCCUCUGGUUGUGGGUCGAGGUUCCCCGGGGCUGGUGAAGGAGGUGCCGGGGCUGCUGGAUGCACGGGUGUCGCCGCUGCUGGCAGGACCAGAGGUUUUGGCCAAAUGCCCUCGGACGUACAUCCUCACGUGUGAACAUGACGUGUUGAGGGACGACGGGCUCAUGUACGCUCGGCGCCUACAGGACGCAGGGGUCACGGUUACCAACGACCACUAUGAGGACGGCUUCCACGGAUGCUUCAGCUUCACAGUGUGGCCAGUGGAGUUCGAUGUGGGGAGGAGGAUGGUCAGGGGCUACCUCAACUGGCUGCAGAACAACUUGUGAGAGUGUGUGUGUGUGUGUGUGUGUUUGCAAAUGAGUUAUGAGUGUGUGCAUGUCUGAUUCUUUGGCUAAAGGGAUUUUCAUGUCAGUUCUUUGUGCUGAAACAUAUGAUCUGAUCUCUGGGCCGUCACCACAUCACAGCCACAAGCUUUCCACCGAAGGAUAAAAUAACAAGAUUCCACAUCAGCAGUUCACUCAUUCAUACAUUUAGACAAGUGUGUGUCACAAGGGUUGGAAAGGAUUUUAUACUAUUUCUUUUUUAAAUAAAGGUACA